AACCGGCUAACGGCGGAGCUAACAGCUAACGCAGUCAAAUGUACAUGAUGCGACGGUGGAAUACUCACAUAUGCUUUGGCCAAACUGAAUCAAAAACUGCCACAGCUUUUAUAUAACCACGGUAAAAAAUGCGUGAUACAACGGAUGAACUCAUGACGGCGUGUGUUAAAGCCAGCGCUGUCUGCGAAAAGAGAAGGAGCUAAGCUAAUUGUAGCAGAAGCGGCUAAGCUAACGGCUAAUGUCAGCGCUCCGGUUGAAUGGGUGUGUUGUGUUGUGUACAAAGUGGAUCACCUUCACUACACGGCUCCUUCUCGUCUCACCCGUGAGUUUAAACCAGCUGAGCUCUAAAAGUAUAAUUUAUUUAUAAGAUGAGCUUUAUCGGGCUGAGGAGUUUGCGCUGAUCAGUGUUUACUCUGCGGCUAACCACGAGCUUCAUUUGUUGUGGUUGCGCCUCAUCUUGACCCUGAGUGAAUUCUGUGCCACUAUGAGACAAAUAACACCACAAAAGACAUUGGUUUUGUGUUAUAUGGGUCAACUUUGGCAACUUGGGACUUUGUGCAGUGUCUGAAGAGGAGUCUAGCCCACAGUCCCGUACGUGGAUGCUGGGGAGGGGUGCACAGACUCACAGCUGCUAUUAAUCUGUACAGCUUCAGUCCAAAACCUGCCCGUGCUUUGAUUUGGAGUCAGGUAAAUAACUGAUAACGCCUGUGAAACUUCAGUGGAUGGAUUUCGUUCAGGACACUACAAGGAUCACUUUGGACAUGGGGAAUCUUGCUCUGUAACGAGACAAAAAAAAAAAAAAAGCAUAUGGACAAAACGUACCGGAAAUGAUCAUGGCUUUGUAAACCUGCCCAGCUCUUUCUGCACAAACCAAGCAUCAUGUCUGCUUUCUCUGAGUUCGUGCCCCCCCCAGAGUGUCCUGUUUUUGAACCCAGCUGGGAGGAAUUCUCUGAUCCUUUGGGGUUUAUCAAUAAGAUCAGACCCAUUGCUGAGAAGACUGGGAUCUGCAAGAUACGCCCCCCAGAGGACUGGCAGCCUCCUUUCGCUUGUGAUGUUCGCAACUUUCGAUUCACUCCAAGAGUUCAGCGGCUCAAUGAACUUGAAGCCCUCACUCGUGUUAAGCUCAACUUUUUGGAUCAAAUUGCUAAAUUCUGGGAGUUGCAAGGAUCCAAACUGAGAUUUCCUCAUGUUGAGAGAAAAAUCUUGGACUUGUAUCAACUCAGCAAGAUCGUGUCUUCUGAAGGAGGCUUUGAGACCGUUUGUAAAGAGAAGCUGUGGUCUAAAGUGGCCAGUCGGAUGGGUUUUCCACCGGGGAAAGGCACUGGGACAUUACUCCGCUCCCAUUAUGAGAGAAUCCUUUAUCCCUAUGAGCUCUUUGAGUCCGGGGCCACUUUAACGGGCAUCCAGCGCUUGUACGAGGAGGGGGACGAGGCUGAGGAUGUGGACGAAGGCGUCGGCGAGGAGACCGUGGAGGAAGAGGAGCCGUACGAAGACGAAGACAAAGAGAAAGACAAAGACGGCGGAGACGCAGCUCAAACCAAAGACAGGCCUUCAGCAGAGAGACGCUCCCGGCGCCUCAAGUCGGAGAGAGAAAACAAGGAUCCAAAGGGCAUCAAGCUUUUUGGCACGAGUCCCAAGAUGGUCGGCUUGGAAAUCGUAUCCACGGACGACGGUUACAGCAAAAAGCAGCGUUACCUAAAAGCCCAGGCCUUCGCCAUCAAAAUGAGGCCGCGUAAAGAAACCCUGGAGGUCAACUUUAUCGACUUGUACCUGUGCCUGGUGUGCGGGCGCGGCGACGAGGAGGAUCGGCUCCUGUUGUGCGACGGCUGCGACGACAGUUACCACACGUUCUGCCUCAUCCCUCCACUACAGGACGUGCCCAAGGGAGACUGGAGGUGCCCGAAGUGUGUGGCAGAGGAGUGCAGUAAACCCAGAGAGGCCUUCGGUUUCGAGCAGGCGGUGAGGGAGUACACGCUGCAGAGCUUUGGGGAGAUGGCCGAUCAGUUCAAGUCUGACUAUUUCAACAUGCCGGUUCAUAUGGUGCCCACAGAGCUGGUGGAGAAGGAGUUCUGGCGCCUUGUCAGCAGCAUCGAGGAGGACGUGAUCGUAGAGUAUGGAGCGGACAUAAGCUCCAAAGAUGUGGGCAGUGGGUUUCCGAUUAGAGAUGGCAAGAGAAGGCUCCUGGGAGAUGAAGAGGAUUACGCUAACUCUGGCUGGAACCUGAACAACAUGCCCGUACUGGAGCAGUCGGUGUUGGCUCACAUUAACGUGGACAUAUCUGGGAUGAAGGUGCCCUGGCUUUACGUGGGCAUGUGCUUCUCCUCCUUCUGCUGGCACAUCGAGGACCACUGGAGUUACUCUAUCAACUUCCUUCACUGGGGAGAGCCAAAGACCUGGUAUGGAGUUCCUGCCUCGGCCGCAGAGGAGCUGGAGGCAGUGAUGAAGAAACUGGCUCCGGAGCUGUUUGACUCUCAGCCCGACCUCCUGCACCAGCUGGUCACCAUCAUGAACCCCAACGUCCUCAUGGAGCACGGGGUCCCGGUUUAUAGGACCAAUCAGUGCGCAGGGGAGUUUGUGGUGACGUUUCCCAGGGCGUACCACAGUGGCUUCAACCAGGGCUACAACUUUGCGGAGGCUGUUAACUUUUGCACUGCAGACUGGUUGCCGUUGGGUCGUCAGUGCGUGGCUCAUUACAGACGACUCCAUCGAUACUGCGUCUUUUCGCACGAGGAGCUGCUGUGUAAAAUGGCCGCCGAUCCCGAGUGCCUGAACGUCGAGCUGGCGGCUGCGGUUUUCAAAGAGUUGGGAGAAAUGAUGAAAGAGGAGACCCAGCUUCGACAGGCAGUGCAAGAAACGGGGGUUUUGUCAUCAGAGCAGGAGGUGUUCGAGCUGCUUCCCGAUGAUGAGCGUCAGUGCCAUAAAUGUAAAACCACGUGCUUCCUGUCGGCCCUGACCUGCUCCUGUAGCCCCGAUCGACUGGUCUGUCUCCACCACGCCAACGAACUCUGCGACUGUGCCAUGGGCAGCAAAUGUCUCAGAUAUCGCUAUGACCUGGAGGAGUUUCCGAACAUGCUGUACGGGGUCAAAAUGCGAGCUCAGUCCUACGACACAUGGGCAAAGAGAGUCACUGAGGCCUUAGGCGCAGACCAGAAGAACAAGAAAGAUCUAAUCGAGCUGAAAGUUUUGCUGGAGGACGCAGAGGACAGGAAGUAUCCAGAGAACGCGCUGUUUCGCCGCUUGAGAGAAAUGGUCAAAGAGGCGGAGACCUGCUCCUCUGUCGCUCAGCUGCUGCUCGGACGGAAACAGAGGCACAGCACUCGUUUGCGCUCGGAAAGCAGCAAAAACCGCACGAAACUGACAGUAGAUGAAUUAAAAGCGUUUGUGGACCAGCUUUACCGCCUGCCCUGCAUCAUCAGCCAGAUCAGACAAGUUAAGGAGUUGCUGGAGAAUGUGGAGGACUUCCAUGAGCGGGCACAGGUGGCGCUGUCAGACGAGAUGCCCGACUCGUCAAAGCUGCAGAGUCUGUUGGACCUGGGCAGUGGUCUGGACGUAGAGCUGCCCGAGCUGCCCCGACUCAAACAGGAGCUGCAGCAGGCCCGCUGGCUGGACGAGGUGCGUGUGACCUUGGCUGAGCCCUACAGAGUGACACUGGAGCUAAUGAAGCGUUUGAUAGACUCUGGUGUGGGGCUGGCUCCUCAUCACGCUGUGGAGAAGGCCAUGGCUGAACUCCAGGAGAUCCUCACUGUGUCUGAGCGCUGGGAGGACAAGGCCAGGGCCUGUCUGCAGGCUCGACCUCGCCAUAGCAUGGAGACUCUGGAGAGCAUUGUGCUUGAAGCCAGGAAUAUCCCUGCAUACCUGCCCAAUAUUUUAGCUCUGCAGGAGGCCUUACAGAAAGCCCGAGAGUGGACCUUCAAAGUGGAUGCCAUUCAGAGUGGCAACAGUUAUGCCUACCUGGAGCAGCUGGAGAGCCUUCUGGCCCGUGGCCGCUCCAUCCCCGUACGAUUAGACCCUCUGGUCCAGGUGGAGUCUCAGGUGUCUGCAGCUCGAGCAUGGAGAGAGAGGACCGCCCGCACUUUCCUCAAAAAGAACUCCACAUACACUCUACUGCAGGUCCUGAGUCCGAGAGUGGAUAUUGGCAUCUAUGGCAACAGUAAAAGCAAACGUAAACGUGUUAAGGAGUUGAUGGAGAAGGAGCGAGCAGGCCUGGACCCCGAGGCUCUGAGUGACCUGGAGGAGAGUCUGGAGGAGGUCCGAGACCCCUCCACUGUCGUAGCAGCUUUUAAAGCCAAAGAGCAUCAAGAAGUAGAGGCCAUACAUUCUCUCAGAGCUGCUAAUUUGGCCAAAAUGGCUAUGGCCGAUCGUAUAGAGGAGGUGAAGUUCUGCCUGUGCCGAAAGACGGCCAGUGGCUUCAUGCUGCAGUGUGAGUUGUGUAAGGACUGGUUUCACGGGGCGUGUGUCCCUCUGCCUAAAACCGGGUCCCAGAAGAAGCUGGGAGCGGGCUGGCAGAGCAACGGAAAAGACUCAAAGUUCCUGUGUCCACUAUGUCAAAGGUCACGAAGGCCGAGGCUGGAGACCAUUCUGUCACUGUUAGUUUUAUUACAGAAGUUACCUGUGCGUCUGCCUGAGGGGGAGGCUCUGCAGUGUCUCACUGAGAGGGCCAUGAGCUGGCAGGACAGAGCACGACAGGCUCUGGCCACAGAGGAGCUGUCCUCUGCCCUGGCAAAACUGUCUGUGCUGAGCCAACGCAUGGUCGAACAAGCAGCAAGAGAGAAGACCGAGAAAAUUAUCAACGCAGAGCUUCAGAAGGCAGCAGCUAACCCUGAUCUACAGGGUCACAUUCAGACUUUCCAGCAGUCGGGCUUCAGCAGAGCCACGUCUCCGCGGCCGUCUGUGGACUACGACGAUGAGGAGACGGACUCGGAUGAAGACAUCCGUGAGACCUAUGGCUAUGACAUGAAGGACCCUGGGGAGGUGAAGCCUUACCUCUUCUGUGAUGAAGAGAUCCCAGUUAAAUCGGAGGAAGUUGUCAGUCACAUGUGGCCGACCACGACGCCCUCCUUCUGUGCAGAGCAUGCGUAUUCCUCUGCCUCCAAGUCCUGUGUUCAAAACGUGAGCACUCCUCGUAAGCAGCCCCGUAAGUCCCCCCUGGUCCCGCGCAGCCUGGAGCCCCCGGUGUUGGAGCUGUCCCCUCAGGCCAAAGCGCAGCUGGAGGAGCUCAUGAUGCUGGGGGACCUGCUGGAGGUGUCCCUGGACGAGACCCAGCACAUCUGGAGGAUCCUCCAGGCCACGCACCCGCCCUCAGAGGAGAGGUUCCUGCAGGUCAUGGAGCCCGACGACUCCCUGAUGGAAAAACCCCUUAAAAUCAAAUUGAAGGAUUCAGAGAAGAAGAAAAAGAGGAAGUUGGAGAGAGCAGAGCACCACCACAUGCUCAUGGCGGCCGCUGCUGGCACCUCGGGACUCGGCGAAAUGAGACCACCCAAACCCAAAGACUUUAAACGGGUCGGUCUGGAGCUGGGACUGGGAGGGAAACCCAAAAAGAAGAAACUAAAACUCAGCCUGGACAAGAACAGAGAGAUGAAGCAACUGGCCAAACGGAUAGCCAAGGAGGAGAAAGAGAGGAAGAGGAAAGAGAAGGCGGCGGCUAAAGCGGAGGCCAUAAGAGAGGGAUUUGAGAAGAGGAAAGAGAAGAAGAUACUGGACAUCCCCUCGAAGUACGACUGGUCUGGAGCAGAGGACUCCAACGAUGAGAACGCCGUGUGUGCGGCCAAGAACUGCCAGCGCCCCUGUAAAGACAAGGUGGACUGGGUGCAGUGCGACGGCGGCUGCGACGAGUGGUUCCACCAGGUCUGCGUGGGCGUCUCGUGCGAAAUGGCCGAAAACGAGGACUACAUUUGUGUGGACUGUUCCCAUAAGGCCGUGGGGUCAGAGCUGGGCCUGGAGGGGGCGCUAGCGGUGGAGGAGGUGUCCGGAGAGGAGAGCCUACUUUUACUGUCCCACGCGGUUUGUAGCAGUAUCCAGCCGUCUGCGUCAACGUCGUGGUCCGCCUCCAAAAUGAGCUCUGUCCCUUCGCAACAGCAACCAGAGCCUCAGCAGGGCAGUUAGCAUACAUGCAACUCUAGCUACGUACGGACACUAUGAACUAUGGGUACUUUUCAAACGACAUUAUGCAUUAUUCCUUGGAUGGCUAAUUUCUAUGGCAACGCUCGAAGUUCAGAAGUUACUCAAGUUCGAGUCAAGUUUUUAACCAUAGACUGUAUAUAUAAAUGGACAUGGCUAACCUGCUAGCCGCCGCGGUCCAAACAGGAAGUGAUCAUGGCGACAAUUCACUUUACGUGGAAAAACUUACAUUCCUCUAACCCGCUCUACAUGAUCCUGGAGUUUUUAUUUCACUUUUUUGUCUGUAAAUCAAGAUAUUAAAAUUAUUAACAGACAAAUCAGGCGCCUUCUUUCCCCAAAGUUGCUUCUGCUAGCGUUAGCAACAAGUUUGAUUGACAUUGCUAAGCGGCUGCUCGAUGCUAAACCAGCAAUGUAGGUGGGAAGUGGCUUUACUUUCAGCAGCCUCACUCUGGAUUGGCUCUUUGGUUGCUAUGAUACUCGCCAGUGGAAUUCCAAAUAUUGAACUCGUCUCCAAAUUAGCCGCUAUAACUGCUAGCCUUGAUUAGCUUCAUUUGACUGGAGGUGACUUCACACUCACUCAGUCCACUUCUUUAUGCAGUCUAUGGUUUAAACGCAGUCGGACUCACCUGGAGCUGAUUUGUGUCCUUAAACGAGUCCCUUUCAAAUAUCAUGGUCAACUUGUGCUGUCAGCCAUGUUUUUUCUGUUAUCGAUCACUGAAUAUAUCACGAAAUAUGGAAACAUGGCCAGCUAUAGAGAUUUUAAACACACAAAUUAUCCAAAUGUGUUCCUCCGAAGUCUGAACUCGAAAAAAACUCCAAGCCAAGAAUUGCGAUCUACAACUGAAGUCUCGUUUAGGCGUUUUGUUUUUUGGGCUUCAUUUAAGUGACGGACCACAACAAAUAUGAAGCUUAAUCGUCCAAUCAGUGAGGUUCAUCUGGUCUUCCGUUAAUUUUAUUUUAAUAGAUUCUUUAGGCAGAAAGGACAGCACCAAACCUGUUUAAACCAGCUGACCGGACACGUCACCGCAGCAUCACGUGACCACUGUGAGGCGCUAGUGAGCAGAACAAAGUGUCAGGUAUGAAAACAAACUAAACCUUGAUCUGGAAAAUGAAACUAUUAAAAUAAAAUAUGAAGCUUAUUCCAUUUAUUUUAGUAUUCUGCAGGUUUAGACCAUCUAAAAACGUCUUUGGCAGUGAGUAGACCUGUCACGAGAACGUAUUUUGAAGUUCAAUGUAUCUCUAAAGUAAAUAUAGACGAUAAACGGUAAUAUUUAAACUAAAUUGAGUCCCAAGAGCAGAUUUAAACCACAAAGAUGACUCUAAAUGUGUAAUAUCGUUAAAAAAAUCAUGAACUGCAAGAAAUAAACAGCUGAAUGAAACACUUCUGUUGUUAUUUUGCAUCUGUAAUGAAUAAAACAAGUUAUAAAUUCAGAUUUUUACGGCUUAAAUCCGAUCAUACAGCUAAAAAAAAUGACCAAAAAUGUUCCCUAGUGCAAAAAAACCCCAAAAAGAUACUGAUCCUACUUCAUAUAUUGAACAAAAAGGCGAUAUAGUGUUUAGUAAGGAGUUCAGUGAGUGCAAAAAAAUACAAUAAUUAAUUAAAAUGGUGUCUAUUGAUCUUUUUUCCAAGGAAGGUUUGAAUAAUGUUUUGAAAUAAUUGUGAAAUACAUAGGACUUUUAAAGCAUCGCUACACAAACGGUAAACUGCAGGCCCACGACGCCUUUUUAUAACGACACGUCUGUUUUUGGAAACCGACUAUUUUACGUGCAUCGAGUCGCCAUGGUAACCGUGCCAUCCAAUGAAAUGCAAACCGUUACAGCAGUGCACAAAACCCUCGGAAACGUUCUCAUCACGCAUUCUCAAGGUGCGAAACGCGUUAACGAUAUUACGAUGAACACAAAACUUCAUAUUUUUGCUUGGGAUAGAUGUUUAGACGUCCACCAGCCGAACUCUUACUACUGUUCCUGUUAAAAUACAUGACAUUUACUGUUGUAUGUACAGACAAAUAGACUGUUUAGUUUUUCCAGGCGAUGUUUCCAGGCGAUUCCACUCAAAAUGUAUUUCAAAUGUAUGGGAUUUAAUACUAGGGGGAAAAAAAAAACACAUGUAUAUCUGUCCUGUUUGGGUGUGUCCAUUUUAUUUAUAUUGUAAAUAAUUUUUAAUCAAUGAAGAUGAUGGAUUGUGGCAUUUUGUUUUCUCACCUGUAUUAAACUAUUUCUUUAACUAGUCAAAUUAUAGUUAAAGGAGGGU